UUAGAAAACAUCUGGUGACAAAAGUACUUUAAAGAGGUUCUUCACCUUUGAUGUGCUUUUUUUUCAGACCCUCCCUGUAUGGCUAACCCUUCGGUGGUGGACAUACUUACCUGAUCUCCACCACUGGGUUCCAGCUCCAACGCUCCCACUCGGGCAUGGAUUAUGUGAUACAUGGGUGACUCAUCACCACUGCAGCCAUUUUUUUGGUUGCAGCAGCCACGUGACCAGCGGCAAACAGGAUGAUGUGAGAAGACCCAGGACCUGCGAUGGGGGGUUGGAACCCAGUGUUGGAAAUCAAAUGACCUGGAGGAUUCAGAGCUAGUGGCUGAGGAGACCCCACUGGGGAAGGAAACUAUAUCCUUGGGAGUGGGAGAAGGAUAUAUCACUGAAAUCUCCUUGUCCUUUUCCAUCCUGCGACGUUCCACCCUGGGCCCUAAUGUCACUCUGCAGGAGGCAGCUAGGAAGACUCUCUGGGCUCUCGAAAAUGACAACAAGGAAAUGCUGCUGCUAUUCAAGGAACUGUCCGCCCGGCUAGUGUCUAUUCAAGCACAGAAUGAUGUCUUUGUUGUCACCUUCAAGACUAUAGAGGAAAUCUGGAAAUUUACUACUUAUCUCUCACUUGGCAUAGUGGCUUGCACUCUGGAACAUCUGCUGUUUGAUGAGAGGUACUGGUUGAACACUGCCUUGGUUGAAGACACUGAGAUACAAGUAUCUGUAAAUCAAGAUGAAUUGGCAACAUUAUAUCUUGGUUUGCUUCUUCAAGAAGGGUGCUUUUAUGCAAGAGCCGUGGUACAUGAUGCCAGUGCACAAGUGGAGACAGAGAAAGAAUUCUUAGCAGUGUCUGUCAAUGACGUGGUGUAUGUUAAAGAUGUCGGUGAUGAGUCGUCAUGGGAAGGACAGUCAUUAAGCACAGGAGAACGUGGCUUACUGCCCAUUAUAGCAGUGGAGCCGCUCCCGCAUCCUUUCUACCAAUGGUUUCUGAAAACAUACCCGAUGUCCUGUAACGUGACAGAGCAGAACUGCCGGAACAUUACCUCUCAGCCAAUAGGUUUGGGUCAAUGUACUGCUAGAGAGAACCACUCAGCUACAGGAUGGGAUGAGCUCAACUACUGCAGAGGAGAUGCCAUUGAGGUUGUUGGCUUUUUUGUACCUGGACUCAAGUGGUUUGUGGGCAAAUGUCCUUCUACUGGAGCCACUGGCUUUGUCCAAACUAAACAUGUUGAUCCCAACUGCUUAAAACCUUUGGGUAAGGAUUUAUUAUUUCUUAGUGAGGAUGAGAAGAUUUCCCUUAAUUCCUUUGAUGAAGAUGCUCAGAAAGGCCCGGUGGAGCUCCUGAGCAGCUUGGCUCAGACAGACAUCAGCUCGGUGUACAGGCUGGAUGGUCUUGAUCCAGUUGAAAUAUAUCUGAAAUCGCCUCCAGGUGCCCGAAAUAAAUUUUAUGAAACACAAAUAUCUGAUAGUUGGGAGGAAAUUGAAGCUAUAAGUGAAUCUACUAAAUGCAGUGUGUCUGAGAAGUCAAGUCCAGAUUCAGAGUGGAGAUAUGAAGUAGAAGGCUUCCAUGUGGCCGGACAGGAGGAUAUUGAUGACCCAAAGUUCUUCGUUGACUUAAAUGCUGGAGACCUAGAAGACUCUGAAGUCUUUGAUCCUGUAUUGACAUUUCUCAAUAAAGAAGGCUAUGAUUCUCAUUUCCAGCCCUUAUAUGAUCUUUCUAUGUCUUUCCUCAACUCUACAUUUUACGGGUUUUCAGAAGAAGAAGACUUGGUAAUGUACUUGGAAACAUCCCGGAACUGGGCAAAAAGGAAUAACAUGUCUUGGGCUCACAUACGAUGUUGUUUCCUUCUAGGACGAAUUUGUGCCAAGAGAAUGAAGCUAUCCCAGGCAAGAGUUUACUUUGAAGAAGCCUUAAGUGCCAUUAGUCAUGGAUUUCUAGAUUUGCAACUUUUGGCUGCCUUGUACGGAAAUUUAUCAGCUAUCUACUUGAAGCAAAAUUUGAAAUCUAAGCAAGAACUUUUGUUGGAAAAAGCUGCUAGCCUUUUAACUUGCAUAUCUCAGCAUAAUUUUAGCUCAGAAAGUGAGCUUGAGGUGCUAAAAUAUGUAUUUAGGAAAGCUGUAAUUGUUAACAAUGCCUCCUUAGAAUCUCGUACUUGCUUCCUUAUAUUUCGGUUGCUAUAUCAGCUCGGAAGGCAUGACGAUGCCCUACCAUUUCUGGAACGCUUGCAGUUUCUUCUUAUUACUUCAUGCUCCCAAACUUUGAAUUCCAAUACAAGUGUGAUGCCCAUAUUAAGUUACUUGUAUGAUAAAAAAUAUCUGCCCCAUGUUGCUUUGGCAUCAGCUAGACUGUACAAAUCAGUUGGCAUGAAAAUAAUGCCAUCUCCAUUGUGGCGAGUUGGUGUAGUUAUGCAAAAUAUAUCCAAAAUUAUGGGAUGUCCACUAAAAGGCAACCAUAUUCCAGCUCAAGCUUCCCCUUACUUAAAACAUGCAUUAUCCUCUUCAUACGAAGGUGGAGAUGUGAAAGCUCAGAGAACGUUGUGUCUUCUUUUAUCCAAGCUCUACCUCCAACAAAGUCUUCUGUCUGGCGCCAUUGGUUAUACUAAAAGGGCUGUUGAAUUAGGUAGAUGGACCAGUGAAGAAGAAGCUUUUGAGUCUGCUCUGUUUUUAGGCUGGUUAUAUAUUUUGAACGGGAAUUUUGAACAAGCUUGCUGUAUUUUAAUGCCUCUUUUAGACUCCAUGCAGGAAACUGACAGUACCACUCAGUGUGGUGUUGUGCACAAUCUCCUCGCAAAUGCACAGAAGAGGAAUAAAAAGGUACAUGAGUCUUCAAGGGGGUAUUCAUAUGCCCUUAAAAUGGCUACUGAAACAGGCAAUAGAAGAAACCAAGCCAUAGCCCUUGCAAACUUUGGGACAUUGGCUGUGUCUUGCCAAGCCUUUAUUAUGGCAGAGAGAUAUUUUGUAAAGUCUGUCCAACUUUUUAUAGAUGUACAGGACUGUGGUGAUGCAGAGAGAGAGCUAUCUCAAGUCUUGCUCUGGUUGGGAAAAAUCUUGAUAGAACAACAGAAGCUUGAAAAUGGCAAUGUUUGCUUUGAACUUGCAUUGCUGUUUGCUAUGAAGUCCACUAACUUGAAAAGUCAACUUAGUGUCAUAGAAGAAUUGUCCAAUUUCUACAGUGAGGUGUGUCCGGUCAUUGGAGCUCACAUAACAUAUUGUGAACACUGGGUCCACCUACUGCAACUUUUGAAAGACAGAAAAAAGGAAGGAGAUGUUUUAAGUACCCUAAGUAGGCUUUAUCAGACUCUGAACACUGCCAAAUCCCUUAGAAAAGCUCUGGAUUAUACGAAGCAAAGUCUAAGGAUUUCCAUUGAUCUGGGGCAACAUGAAAAAUCUGCUGAGAGGUGGAUUCAAGCUGGAAAACUAUAUUAUCUGCUGCAGGAAGAUGAACUUGUCGAGAUAUACCUGCAUGCUGGCAUCCAGACUUCCUUGAAAGCAGAGCACUUUACUGCAACAUUGCACCUGUAUGAAGCUGCUGGAGAUGUGUUCUUCCAUGGGCUGCAGACGAGAGAGAAGGCUCUACCAUUUUAUAAGGAAGGUGCCCUACCACUAGCAAAGAAAGUAGAAGACACCCGAGCACAGCUCCGAAUCUUUCACAAACUCACUCAGCUUCUAAUAAAUCAAGGAGAUCAUAAAUCAUCACUGGAAUUUGCUACAAUGGCUGUCAGGCUCAGCACACUUAUUGAUGACCCAGUAAAUGAGCUGGUUGCAUUUCAUCGACUGGCAGGAGUCUACUAUGCCUUGCAGAUUUAUGAGAUUGCUGAGUACUGUUAUCUCAAGGCAUUGUCUGUAUGUUCAUCACCAAUACAACAUGCAGCCGAGGCUGGAUAUUAUGUGAAGGUGUAUUGGCGGCUGGGAGACAUUGCGCUGUAUAGACGAAAGGAUGCUGAAGAUGCUGUCACUUACCUCUCCUUGGCCCUUGCAGCUGCUAUUGAAGUGGGCAAUGAAGAGUUUCAGCUGCUCCUAAUGGGGAAACUUUCCGAUGUGUAUGGGAAGUUCCUAUGUGAUGAAGAACAGGCAGAUAUUUUCAUUAAACAGAUUCUGCAACUUGGCAAUAACCAGACUUGUACGUGAAGCUGUGUUGUACAUACUCUCAUAAGGACGAGACUCAUAAACCCCUUCCAUUGUACAUAACAUAUGGGGUUAAAAGAGCCCCGGUAUACGAACGAUCACUGACAAGUUACUGGAGUUGAGGUUGCUAAGGAUUACCUCCUCGGUCUCCGUACUGGACAGCACAGGACUAGACUUAUUGCACAGAGCUCUUCAUAGCAUCUCAGGUAUAAAGGAGAUCAUCGUCUUAUCCUUCACAGUGAUAGAGAGAUUUGUGUAGAAUUAUGCGAACGAUGGUUUCAGCUUUGAACUUAGAGGUCCCAUAUAUGAAUCAUCCAAUAAUAUAUUCCCGGAGGUAGCAAGACACUGAACAAUAUUGAAUCUCUGCUAUAAUCUUAAAAUAUGGGAUAUUGCUCAGCACAUUACACAUGCCAAUGUUAUAUGAAACAGAAAUCGGUGAAAUCGGUAACGAUCAUCAGAUCACUAGAACAACAAAUGUGUUGAAAUUGGAUUUCUCAGUUACAUGCAAGAAAACAAACAGACUGCAACAAAUAUUUACUUUUAUAAAAUAAAUUAUAUAAAACAACCUUUUUUAAGAAGACCCAGACUAUAAAAGCAUCAUCAAUAGAUGUCAUUUGGAUCAUUAACUUCUAGAUCCUUUCAUUCAAUUAUGCAGCCAGUACUGGUGAUUGUCACCAUUUUGAAAAAAUUAAGCUGCUUUUAAAGGCAGUAUACAAGUCAGAAUAGUGCAGUUAGGUCCAAUGGCCAUUACUAGUGAUAAGUGGUGCCAUGUCAAGGCCAUGUCAAGGCAAGGCUUUGACAAGAUGUCACUCUCGAUGCAAAACGGCCAUUGUCUGGAAUGACCUGUCCUGCACAGAUGGGAUUUAUGGAUUGUGUAAGUUAUUCAGAAGUAAGUGCCAUGGCUCUGCUGUUUUCUUACACAACUCCAUUAUGUGAUGUACGUCAACUGCUCCUUGACUUAUAUCGCAUCCAACUGCUUCCAAUUGCAAUGUUAGGGCUCUUUCACAUCUGCGUUAUUGUCUUCCGGCAUAGAGUUCCGUCGUCGGGGCUCUAUGCCGGAAGAAUACUGAUCAGGAUUAUCCUAAUGCAUUCUGAAUGGAC